CCUAGUGUGGACGAAGUGACACACCACUUCCUUGUGUUAAGGUGUUGUCAAACUUUCUAAUCUUAAAUGUCAAUCAGCAUGCUAGAAAAAAGCAAUGACAAUAUAAAAUGAUGUAUACAUGGAUGUCAGUGACUGUGGUACUUACAGCUUAUCUUGCAGUUACAACAGAGGCGUUGCUAUGUUACCAGUGUGCUUCUACGUCACCCGACGGGCCGUGCGUGACGGAUAUAUCCGGCUUGGUCAACACGUCACUUGGUAUAAGCAGCAAGUAUUACCAAAACUGUUCAGCAUCGAAGCCAACUUGGGAUAGGUGCAUGAUUGAAACGGCAGCAACGAGUGGUAUCUAUACUCUCUACCACCGAGGUUGUCACGAUGGCGUCAACUUCACUUCCGGCUUUGACAGCCCUCGAUUUCACGGCCUUGACCCUAACAACCUUACCACCUGUGAGUUCAUCAACCUGAUUGGCAAGCUCGUCUGCUACACUUUCUGUCAGAAGGAUUUUUGCAACGGACCCCAGCCCCCAGAAGUACCCUACCAACAGGUCUGCAACGAGUCGAUGUCUGACUAUGACUACGGAGAACCGUGUGGUGUCGCUGGGAUGUUUCUGAAAAUGGAGUUAUCUUUUCUUGAGUUUUUUGGCGUGGUUACUGUUCUUGUGACUACUCUUUAUUUAAUGUGAGAAUUAAAAAAAAUUAUAAAAUCAGCCAUUACGUUUCUUGUAUAAUGUAUAGAUAUUUAAUAUCUCAUGAUUAUCUGCGGACACUGGUUAAAGUAAAUCUGUUGUACAUAAAUUUUGUAUUGA